UCAUUCUGCAAAAGCUGCCCAUCGCAAGCUUUCCUCUCAGAAGCACUGCUUUUCUUUUUUAGAAAGCUUGAAUCUCAGUGGUGUCUCUGGAGACAAGAAGCCUUCAGUAUGUUAAAUUACUUUCAUUAUGUAUUUUCAGAUGCUUAUUGAUUCUACAGUAGGAAGAGUGGGAGACUGCAGCAGCCUGUAAACCAGAACUAAAGCAGUUGUAUACAUUAGCAGUAUGCUGAAACAAUGGCACAGUACAGGCACAAAUUUUCAUUAAGGUCAUUUUUUGAAGAUAUGCUUAUUACCCUCUUUCCCUUCUACUCUGCUAACAAGUGAACAAAAUGAAUCCCUCCAACCUGGAACUGCUUCACCUGCAUCGAGAAUUUAUCAAAUCUUUAGUGGAGGGCAUGCAGCAACUAAUUCAGUUUUACAACUGACAAUAUGAAGAAUGCAGUUGACCGGGUAUCUUUCUAGCUGUAUGACCUACAAGCAGCAGGAUGCAUCACUAAAAUGUAUUCUUAAGACAUAAAGGAAUUAGAAACAAAACAUGGAACACACUUGUAUUACCAUUUACGUGCAUGACACUUCAACAAUAUACAUGGAAGACUAACACAUCUGCUCAGAUUUUCAUUAAAAGAAGAGUGCAAUGAUUGAUUCUUAAAAUGGUGAGCAUUUCUUAAAGAGGGAUUUAUAAUUUAAACCCAGAAUUGUGGAAACUACUGAUGCAUGAAGAAACAAUGAAACAUGAAUUCCCAAAAGGAGAAUAUGCAUACUUCACCAGCAAGCUGAAUAAGGGUUUAACCAAGCUUUUUCUAUACUACUUAUUAAAUAACUUAUUUGUCAUAAUGACUAAUGGAUAAUUUUUCUCUCAAUUUUAUGGUCUGUUAUGUAUUCUCCUUAAAUGAAAAUAAACCAAAUUAGGUAACUCACGAUUACUCUCAAAGCACAUGAACUGGAUUUUAUGAUGUAUAGCAACUUCUUUGACUAAGCCAUCACUCAAAAGUAAUGAGCAGGAAUAUUACAGAAAGAAAUACGCAACCAUAAACUAAAGGAUGUCUACAUACACUCUGAACACAGAGAUCAGAAAUUAUUUUUUUUUAAACCUGGAAAAUAAAAACAGGCUACUACAAAAUGCAACAGGGGAAAGAAAUUAACAUCACUUAAAAGAAGGUUUAUUUCUUAUUGCUGGCUUGAAACUCAGAACAGACAAGCAGAAUAUGCACUGGUCUGUAGAAGUAUCUCAGGCAAUUAAGAAGUCCCCAUGUUUAAUCAGAAUUUUUUGCUGCUGAAGUGCUGGAACAAAAAAAAGAGAAAAAAAAAACCUGCAAGGAACGAAAUAAGAGCCCAGCUACCACUUGGUUUCCAGGUUACAGUGCAUGUCAAAUAUCUGUCAGUGACACCAUGUAUCAAUUUAUGACAAGCUGCUGCAAUGAUCUGAAAGGCCCUUGAGGCACAGAGAACAGGAGGAAAAACAACUGCAACAAAAGAAUGUGUUUCUCCCCCAUUCUGGAAGUCAACAUGCAGUCUGAAUCUAACAUUACAGUUCGAGAUGCCAUUGAUGACAUCGACACCAACAUGUACCAACCACUGUCAUAUCCAUUAAGCUUUCAAGUUUCUCUCACUGGAUUUUUGAUGUUAGAAAUUGUUUUGGGACUUGGCAGCAACCUCACCGUGCUGGUACUUUACUGUAUGAAAUCCAACUUAAUCAAUUCUGUCAGUAACAUAAUUACAAUGAACCUUCAUGUACUUGAUGUAAUAAUUUGUGUGGGAUGUAUUCCUCUAACUAUAGUUAUCCUUCUGCUUUCACUGGAGAGUAACACUGCUCUCAUCUGCUGUUUCCAUGAGGCUUGUGUCUCUUUUGCAAGCGUUUCAACUGCAAUCAACGUCUUUGCUAUCACACUGGACCGAUACGACAUCUCCGUAAAACCUGCCAAUCGAAUUCUGACCAUGGGAAGGGCUGUGAUAUUAAUGACAUCGAUAUGGAUCAUUUCACUUUUUUCCUUCCUGAUUCCUUUCAUUGAAGUCAACUUUUUCAGUCUUCAAAGCGCAACUACUUGGGAAAACAAGACACUUUUGUGCGUGAGUACAAACGAGUACCACACUGAGCUAGGAAUGUACUACCACCUUCUCGUUCAGAUUCCAAUCUUUUUCUUCACUGUUAUAGUAAUGCUUAUUACAUACACCAAAAUACUUCAGGCUCUAAAUAUUCGGAUUGGUACAAGAUUUACAACGGGACAAAAGAAGAAGGCUAGAAAGAAAAAAACUAUUUCUUUGACCACUCAGCAUGAGACUACAGAUGUGUCCCACAGCAGUGGAGGAAGAAAUGUCGUCUUUGGCGUAAGGACUUCUGUGUCUGUCAUAAUUGCUCUACGCCGAGCUGUAAAACGACACCGGGAGCGACGAGAACGGCAAAAGAGAGUCUUCAGAAUGUCCCUCUUGAUUAUCUCAACAUUCCUUCUCUGCUGGACACCCAUCUCUGUUUUAAACACCACCAUCUUAUGUUUGGGCCCAAGUGACCUUUUGGUAAAGUUGCGAUUAUGUUUUCUAGUAAUGGCAUAUGGAACAACUAUAUUUCACCCUCUACUUUAUGCAUUCACAAGGCAAAAGUUUCAGAAAGUUCUGAAAAGUAAGAUGAAAAAGCGAGUUGUUUCUAUAGUGGAAGCAGAUCCCAUGCCAAAUAACGCUGUAAUACACAACUCAUGGAUAGAGCCUAAAAGGAACAAAAAGAUUACCUUUGAAGACAACGAAGUAAGGCAGAAAUGUUUAGUACCUCAGGUUGUCACUGACUAGAUUUCAGUAUUCACCAAAACACAUCAAGCGGAAUAUUUGAACAAAUUGUAGAAAAAUACUGCCAAAUAAGAAAAACUUUUUUUAACUAUUGGCGAGACUGUAAAUUUUCAAUAUAUAUGUUAAAUAGAGUAGGUCUUGUAUAUUCGGUUUCUUCAUUAUGUAAGAUAUAUGUUGCAUGGCCGUUUGUUAGCAUAACACCAUGUGUAUAUUUGUCAAAAAUAUUCAAGUCCUCUUUUUUAGAAAAAUAAAUAGCCUUAAAGAAGUGCAAACUUUUAAAAAUA